CGGUAGUCAUUAGUAGGGACCACCAUGAUGUGAGUGGCACUGACAGUCCCUUCAGGGAAACAUCAAACAUCAGUGAUGGAUCCGCCUUCUGUGCAGACAUGGCCGUGCAGAAUGUGAUUGGCGAUUCGUUCCGUGGCGCCACCUGGGUUUCACUCCACAAUGGCGGAGGUGUUGGAUGGGGUGAGGUGGUGAACGGUGGAUUUGGACUGGUGCUGGAUGGAUCACAGGAUGCAGAGGAGAGGGCCAAGAGCAUGCUGGGCUGGGACGUCUCCAACGGGGUGGCGCGGCGCUGCUGGUCGGGCAACGAGCAUGCGCGGGAGACGAUCGUGCGGACGAUGCAGAGCGACCCGCGUCUCAAGGUCACGCUGCCGCACAAGGUCAGCGACGGCGACAUGCUGGCAGCAGCCUUCAUCGUGUAGACAGACACCGGCACCCGCUGCCUGCCUGCCUGCCUGCCUGCCUGCCUGCCUGCCUGCCUGCCUGCCUGCCUGCCUGCCUGCCUGCCUGCCUGGCUCAUCGCUGCACUGUCUGCGUGGGCUUACUGCGGUCACUCGUGUGCUCGUAGUAGUAGCUUGUGAGCUCUUGGUCUUCAAGCAUCCGGCCGCGACACGCCACGUGGUGCGUGCCGUAGGUGUAACCACAGAGCUUUUCUAUAAAAUAUAAUGCUAAAUAAAUACGAAAUCUAUUUCCUACCAAAGUCUUAAUGUUUCUCUACU